AUGCGUCUCGCAUCCACCGUUCUCCCGCUGGGCAUGACGCCCUUCUCGCUGGCCGACUCGUCCAUUUCACCCGGCUGCCAGGCUCUCUCAUCAUCCCUUUCCGGUGCGGUCUUUUCGCGUGAUUCCUCGGUCUACCAGUACGAGUCGCAGGAGUACUGGUCUAACACCGAGAUUUUGUCGCCGGGAUGCGUCUUUCGUCCGCAAUCGAGCGACCAGUUAUCGCAGGGUCUGCAGGCGCUGGUCGACGCAGAUGCUCAGUUCGCCGUGCGCGGAGGCGGCCAUAUGGGAAUUCAAGGAUCGAACAAUAUCGAUGACGGCGUGUUGAUUGUCAUGUCGAACUUGACCACCAUGGAGCUUUCUGAGGAUCAAUCCAUCUUGUCCGUGGGUCCGGCUUAUCGUUGGUCUGACGUCUACGCCUACCUUGGUAAAUACGGCCUCGCCGCCGCUGGAGGUCGUCUCGGUCCCGUCGGCGUCCCUGGCCUGAUCCUCGCCGGUGGCGUCAACUUCUACGGUAACCAGGUGGGUUUCGCGUGUGACACCGUUGUCAACUACGAGGUGGUCCUGGCAGACGGCACCGUCGCGCAGGUGAACAAGACGUCGAACCCGGAUCUGUUCUGGGCGCUGAAGGGGGGAAGCAGCAACUUUGGUAUCGUGACGCGAUUCGACAUGGAAACGAUCCGGUCUCCGAAGGUGUGGGCAGGUGCGCACACUGUCGAGGCGAAGUAUGUGGACCAAUUCUUGGCUGCCGCUGCUACCUAUGCGGCCAACAUCUCCGACCCCAAAACGCAUAUCGUCCCUGCGCUCGUACCCGGCGAGACGCUAGUGGCCUCGGUCAUUCUGUUCUACGACAGCGAGGAGGUCAGCUAUCCAGAUAUUUUCAAACCUUUCACGGACAUCCCGUCGAUCAGCAGCACGGUGGGCUUUAAGACCUUGAGCGAGUUUGCAGCUGAGACGGGCGAGAUGGUCGUGCCGCACAUCAACGAUGUCUUCGUCGCCGGCACCGUCACUGGCACUGACUACAAAUCCCUCCUUGAAGGCAUCACCAUCAUCAACAGCACCUUCUUCAACGAGCUGCCCAAGCUCCUGGACCAGGUCCCCAUGGCCAACAUCUCCACCAUCCAGCUGGACUGGCAGCCCAUCGGCGCCGACUGGAUGAGCGCGUCCGCAUCCCGCGGCGGAAAUGCCCUCGGUCUUGAUCCCUCGAAGAUCUACCUCUGCUACGCAGAGGUCGUCGAGUGGAUCGGUUCGGCGUACGAUGAUAUCGUGGCCGAGUGGGUUCAGGAGACCACGUAUGCAAUCAACAACGCGACCAUGAAGGCGGGCCUGUAUGAUCCGUUCAACUACAUGGGUGAUUCGGCGGGAUUCCAGAAGAUCUUCGAAGGGUACGGAGAGGAGAACCAUGCCAAGUUGCAGGAGAUGGCCACGCGGUAUGAUCCUGAGGGUGUGUUCCAACGGUUGAUGCCCGGUGGGUUUAAGGUCUUCUAA